CACUUUCAGAAGAUUAAGAACGAAAGAAACCCUUGAUAAGUAUAACGGACAGCGAAGAACAUUGAGGAGCGAAAGUGUAGGAGCUUGACCGCUUGAUUAUUCGGACAAGAAGGAAAGGGAAGGAGGAUGGGUUCAUCUGGUGCUUCUGGAGAUUUGGAAGGGGAAAUGGAGGUGGACGCUUUCAGGCGCCUUUUCCCACUUCGCUUCCACGAACGUCAUCUUCUCGAGUCCAUACGCCCAGAUGCAAGGCCACUUGGAAGAGCUCGGGAGUCCACUGUGGCUCUUGGGGCGGUUUCAUCUGCUGAUGGGUCAGCAUUGGCAAAGAUUGGUCACACUACCAUGUUGGCUGCUAUCAAAAUGGAAGUAAUGACUCCUUCAUCCGAAUCACCAGAUGAGGGCUGCGUAGCUAUUGAUUUCCACAUGCCUCCGAUUUGCUCUCCAUUUGUUAGGCCUGGAAGGCCGGCAGAAGUGGCACCAGUCAUCGCUAAGCAGUUGUCUGAUGUUAUAUCAAGUUCUGGAAUGAUCAAUUUAAAGGAACUGUCCCUAACCACUGGCAAGGCUGCUUGGAUGGCAUACCUGGACAUAUAUUGUCUGGAUGCAGAUGGUGCUCUUUUUGAUGCUGCAUUACUUUCAGCUGUUGCGGCCUUCUCUCAUUUACAAAUUCCGGCUGUUUCCAUCAAUGAAGAUGGAAGGGUUGUCACUGUGUCCAGGGCGGAUGGGGAUGGCAAGCAGGCAAAAGAUCCAGUUAUUAAAGAGAAGAGGAAGCUGACACUGAGCUGCGUUCCAUUUUCAUUGACAUGCAUUCUGCACCAGAAGUACAUCUUAGCAGACCCUACUGCAGAGGAAGAGUCUGUCAUGGAAACUCUCGUGACAGUGGUGUUGGAUUCAUCUAGUCGGCUUGUGUCCCUUUACAAGCCAGGAGGACCAGUUUUGGCCUAUACGUCAGCUGUUCAGGAUUGCAUUGCGCUUACAAGGCAUAGAGUGAAGGAACUCCAGAAGAUUCUCAAUGAAGCUGUUUCUGAUAUGGAAGUCGACUAGGUUUGCAGAAGCUUUUAGCCCAGCGGCUUUGGCAUUUGGAGGAUUAGAUUCUUUACUAAAUUAUCUGUUCAUUCUAUCAUCCUUUUCAAUAGUACCAUCAAUUUUUAUCUUUUACAAUUUUCAAUGGUGCAAGGUUUGCUUAGAGUUAAUGUUGAGCACAGUCCUCGUCUAUGUUGUUUGCAAACAGGGGAGGGUUGGAUUCAUUCAAGGGCUUAGUAUUCAUUUUCAGUACACGGAUGUUAUAGAUUGGGAUUAUGGGAAAAGAAAUGUUGCUGCACUCAACAUUUAUAUGAAAUUAUGGUUAAUGCUUUGAUUUG